AUGACGAUAUGUUAUCUCCGUCAAACAUGUCUCCUGUCAAGUCAGAGCGACGGCGUCCACAAUCAAGCGGCACAGCUGCUCUUGCACCUCUUCACUCCCAUUCCGACUCCCGACCUCCUGCCCUUGACCGCCAUAUCACGACGCAUCUAUAACCUCAUCCUACGUAUCCUCCAUAAUCGAAUGGUCGCGGCUUCCGAGCUCCAUAAUUACACCUUGCUUCUUGAAUGCUAUCAUCCGUCCGCGAAGCUCACCGAGCCAGCAUACUUUUGUGCAUAUCGUGGCACUGAUGGGCUAACACAAUAUGAUAGAGAUGGGGCUUGUGAUGCAGGCGCGUUAGGGCGAAUGCAUGGUAUGUACUCGCGCUUCCGUCCGCAUCGCCGCGAUCUCGAGCCCGGUGGGAGAAGGGUGAUGGCACGACCAGGAGACAUCCCAGGAAGUCGCACCUUUCCCGGGACGGUUCAGGAUAAAGGCAGCGGCGACAUUGUCAAGCAAAUUCUUAAUCUAGAGGCUCAUGAGUUGUUCACACAACUGGUAGCCCAGACAAACCUUGUCAAAAUUGCGCCACGCAGCGGUCUCUUCACCGCCUUCGUGGGUGUCGAGGAAGGCGUACUGCGCGUCUGGAGAGAUUGGCUCAAAGAUGCUGAUACAAGAUGUCGCGAUCAUCCCACAGCCACAGUACAGCAGCCCAACAAGGCAGAGGGCAAAGGUAAGGCAGUCGCAAAAGAGGACGUCGAGGGGGCUGCCGAUCUGGAUGAUCCACAAAUUCUAUGGGUAAGCCCCGCGAAGAACACAGGCCUACGGUUCAACGUUAGGCCAAAGAAAUUUCGGAGAGAUGUGCCGAUUCUCAUCAGGAGCGACGAGGAUUUGCCUGUGAGCUAUGAAAUCGAGUUUGUUGAACUCGUGAUACGUACUUCCCAUCUUUUGUUCACCCUUGAGGAAUCCAUGGUCCAGGAGGACAAUUCCUCUGGUCAGGCAGUCGUCUUUGGUUCGUUCGGAUAA